AACAAGCUUGCUUCUCCUGGGAUGUUAAACCAGGAUUUCUCAACUUUCUCACGUGUGGAUCCCAGAAUUCUCCAGCUAGCCAUGAAUGAUAGGGUUGGAAGGGACCAAAAGCAUCACUUAAGUGCUGUGUUUCUUAACCGUGACCACUUUUAGAUGGAUGGGCUUCGUUCAACUCCCCAGCCAGCCAUGGAAAUUCUGGGAGUUGAACAAAGUCCAGCCAUCUUAAAAGUGGUCAGGGUUGAGCAACACUGGAUCAGACCCAAGUCUGCCCACCAUUCAAUCCAGCUGUGUGAGACCUACCAAAAAGCCUGGAGAUGCCAGCUCCAUGUUCCCCCCAGCUGCCCAACCAAAACGGCCGUGGAGGCCAGUGCCCAGCCGCUGGAGGUGGGGAGGGGACUUGUCCACUGCACUGCAGGAACUGGGCACACCCCACCGCUGCACCCUGUUAACCACAUUGUCCAGCUGGCAUCCAGUUGAGGCCCACGGCAACAGUUGUGUUGUCAAAAGAAGGAAAAUGCCUGACUUCUGGCUGAGUGCUACGCCUCACCUGAACAGGGAGCCAUGUCCACCCUCUUCCCUUCCCUGUUCCCGCGAGUCACCGAAGCUCUAUGGUUCAACCUGGACCGGCCCUGCAUGGAUGAGAAUGAAUUGCAGCAACAGGAGCAGCAGCACCAGGCCUGGCUGCAGAGCAUAGCUGAGAAAGACAAUAAUUUGGUGCCAAUCGGGAAACCAGCAUCAGAGCAGACUUAUGACGAGGAGGAGGAAGAGGACGAUGAGGACGACGAAGACAGCGAAGAGGACUCCGAAGAUGAUGAGGACAUGCAGGACAUGGAUGAGAUGAACGACUACAACGAGUCCCCCGACGAUGGGGAGAUUAACGAGGUGGACAUGGAAGGGGCAGAACAAGACCAAGAUCAGUGGAUGAUCUAGAGGUCGGACAAGCGGCCACUGCUGUGAAUGGCAGUCCGUAGGCACCGAAGGGGUUCCUGAGCCUGGCUGCCCCCACCCAGACCCACAUGGGUGUCCUGCGCCCGCUGUGACUCUCUGCCAGGGAGGGGGCUCUGAAUGGCAACUGCCCUGUGAGCUGAUCUCCUGUGCUGCUCUGCUGACCGCUGACCCACUGACCAGAGCGAAAGCCUGAAGGGGUGUGCCUGUUUCUCCCAGCAGGGCCAGGGCUGCGCCUGCUC